AGGCUGUUGUUAGAAAAAGAAAACCGAGGAAAACAAAAAACAAAUUAACCAUGAAUAUGGAAAUUUGUCGAAUUUGCAUGAACAGCACCGGCAACGGACCCCUAGUUGGCAUAUUUGAUGAGCCCGAUGAAGCACUUGAACCGACUCUGGCCGAGAUGAUAACUGAAUGCACCAACUGCAAGAUCAACAAACAGGAUUCCCUGCCCCAAAAUGUUUGCCUCUCGUGCUUUGUCUCCGCUCAGUUCGCCUUUCGCUUCAAGCGUCGAUGCGAAUUAAGCCACCAAUUGCUGGAGCAGCAGCAAACAGAUGCUACUUACAACAAUAAUGACCAACUGGCGACAGUGCUUAACAAAAAGGAAAAGUCUUUUCAUGAAGAUGAAAGAAAUCGUCAAAAUUCAGAUCUCAAUGACGAUUCAAAGGGAGCUGGUGCGGAUCGCUCACGUAGGGGCUCAGUAGUAUGUCCUGUAUGCAAUAAGCGUUUUGAAAAACAAUUUCGCUUAAAUCGACAUAUGAUAAGUCACAAGACCUCAAAACCCUAUCAUUGCCAACUUUGUUCAAAUAGCUAUAAGCAAAAGGAUAGUCUCAAAAGACAUAUGCGUCACAACCAUGAGAAUGUCGAUUCAUUGGAUUGAAAAAUUUCCAACGAUUUACUUUAAUUUUUGUUAUUCAAUCAAUUUUGGACUAUAAAAUUAAGUUAGGCUAUGCAUUGCCAUGAACUUGCAAUUUGUGUUAAUUUUGAUAAAAUGAAAAAACCAUGACUAUUAUAGUUUAAGAAUA